AUGUUGAUCCUAAGGUCCCUCAACACACAGAAAGGUUGCGACCUUGCCUUGACCGAGAGCAAGUGCAUCCUGUUUGGUAGACACGACCGAUGCCAAGUUGUCCUGUACGACAAAUUUGCGUCGAGCCUUCAUGCUCGACUCGUCACGCACAAAGAGGAGGAGGAGUUCACGGUGACCUUGCACGACCUGAGCACCAACGGCGCGUAUGUCAACCAGGACAAGAUCGGGCGAGGAAGAACGGCUGUGGUCAAGGUGGGCGACUGUAUCUCCAUGGGCAGACCUCCAAGAGCCCUGGAGAACGGCCUCUUUCUCGACUACUGGGCAUGGCAUGGGGGGAUGGAGGCGCAUCCCGGGAAGCGAUUUUUGAUCAGGAUGGGCAGCGACAAGUUCUUUGCUCUUGACAAGAAGAUGGUGAUGGUCGGGAGACAAGAAGGAUGCGAUGUUCUAGUGCCGGUCAAGGAUGUUAGCAAGCAGCAUUGCCGCAUCACUUUCAUGCUGAGGAGCGGUUCAGAGCACGUGUUCGGCAGUAUGGAGGAUGAGACGGAGUAUGAGAUCAAACUUGAGCAUUUGUCAACUACCAAUCGCACUUACGCCAACCAUAUGACUGUUGAGGGAUCGGUAGAGUUGCGCCACCUUGACGUCAUCGAUCUUUCUCGAAAGCACUCGAACUCUUUCUUGUUCAUCGACAAGAAGAAACAGACAUUUGUUUCAUACAAAUUAGAACAGGUCCAUCAAUCCAGUGAAAACACUCCGAUCACAGCAGCAAGUGUGGUUCCUCGGCCGACAGAAGACCAGGCAGCUAUCAACGCGGAGUAUGCAGGUUUGACGAAGAAAUACAACAUCCUGGAGAAAUUUCAUGAAAACAAAUCUGUUGGCAUAGAGAUGCGUCGUGUGGUACGAAAGGCGGAUAAGCAAGUCUUUGUGUGUAAGAAGUUCAAAUCCAUUCAGAGGAGAAAUACACAAUCGGACGAGCAACGCAACAAAGAGUUGGAUCUAAUGAUGAUGGUCAAGCACCCCCAUCUAAGUGAAGGUCAGAUCGUCAAGCUCGAAGACGUCUGCAUUGAUCGAUCUUCACUCUGCAUCGUCAUGGAGCAGCUCGCGGGAGAUUUCUUUGACUACUUGAGUCAAGUCCUGCAGGAUCCUGAGAAUUCGGAUGGCAUUGAAGAGUCGCUGGCUGCAAAGUGGUUUGCUCAGAUCUUCGAUGCCCUGGAUUAUCUCCAUGACAGACAGAUCAUUCAUCGUGACUUGAAGCCAGAGAACAUUCUCCUCACAAGACUGGACCCUUCAGGAGAUACUAAGCUCUGCGAUUUCGGCGUGUCGAAGUUGAUUCCCGAUGGACGCUGCUCGAGCUACAUUGGAACUCCUGGCUACAUCGCACCUGAGGUGUCUGAAGGGGGAGCGAAACCCUAUGACUUCAAGGUCGAUUCCUGGUCGUUGGGUUUCACACUGUAUCAGAUGCUGAGCGGGUUGGACAUCAAGGCGCUGGGAAAUCUGCCAACUGGGUUUGCCGCUGCUGCUGCUGCUUCUGAUAGGGAGAGCGAUGAUGAGGAAUUCCCUGGAGAGAGAUGGAAGUGCCUCAGCUUCUUAGUCAAGGAUCUCAUCUCCUCUCUCGUCAAACCCGACCCUCGAGAACGGAUCUCAGCCAAGGAAGCGAAGAAACAUGAUUGGUUCAAGUCGGCAGAUUCUCCAGCCCUUCGCACACGGGCAAGGAAGAGAAAUAGAACCGCAAGCUAG